ACAAACAAAGGAAGAAAGCCUGGAUUAUAAAAGAAAGGCAGGCAUCACUCAUUUAGCCUCUCCAGGCUUCGGGUUUGAAAAUGAAGGCCCUUUUACCAUUAAUGUUUCUGUUUUUUGUUAGUUCUCCAGGUUGGGCAAAAGAUAGGCACUACAGCAUAGGCAUCAAAGAAACCACUUGGAACUAUGCUCCUACUGGUAAAAAUAUGCUCAAUGGGAAGCCUUUUUCAGAAGAUGAAGAGUUUCAGUCCUAUGUAUAUCUACAACGAGGCCCAAACAGGAUAGGAUCUGUUUAUAAAAAGGCUUUGUAUUUUCAGUAUACUAAUGACACAUUUCAAACGAUCAUUGAAAAACCAUCCUGGUUGGGAUUUUUAGGUCCAAUAAUUAAGGCAGAGACUGGAGACUUCAUUUAUGUACAUGUAAAAAAUUUUGCUUCAAGAAUCUAUAGUUUCCAUCCUCAUGGACUCAGCUACACUAAAGAAAAUGAAGGUGCUCUCUAUCCUGAUAAUACUACGGGCCGGCAAAAGGAAGAUGAUCGCCUGGAGCCAGGGGCACAAUAUACUUACAAGUGGUAUGUAGAAGAAAAACAGGGGCCUGGCCCCAAUGACAGUAACUGUGUGACACGGAUUUACCACUCCCAUGUAGACACUCCAAAAGAUGUGGCUUCCGGUCUUAUUGGACCAAUUCUGACUUGUAAAAGAGGCACACUGGAUGGAGACACCGAAAAAAAUAUCGACAGGUCUUAUGUUUUGAUGUUAUCUAUAACUAAUGAAAACAAUAGCUGGUAUAUCGAUGAAAACAUUAAGAAGUAUACUGAAUCCGGCAAAGUAAAUACUAGUGAUCCUGACUUCCAGGAGAGCAAUCAGAUGCACUCAAUAAACGGAUACAUGUAUGGAAAUCUGCCCAAUCUCACCAUGUGCUCAGAGGACAGGGUCAAGUGGUAUAUUGUUGGCAUGGGUGGUGUGCUGGACACACACCCCCUCUAUCUGCAUGGACAAACUCUGAUAUCUCGGAAUCACAGGAAGGACACCAUCACCGUCUUCCCUGCCUCGCUGGAAGAUGCCUUCAUGGUGGCCAAGGGCCCUGGAGUAUGGAAGCUGGGAUGCCAGAUAUAUGAUAGCAUGCAGGCCUUUUUCAAUGUAAUGAAUUGCCACAAACCUUCAAUAGAUGUUACUGGGACACGUAUUAUACGUUACUAUAUUGCUGCUGAAGAAAUUGUUUGGAACUAUGCUCCAUCUGGUAUAAAUCUCUUCACUAAAAAAAAUUUAACAGCCACUGGAAGUGAAUCCCAGGUAUAUUUUGAAAAAAGCCCAACCAGAAUUGGAGGAUCUUACAAAAAAAUAGUUUACCGUGAAUACACAGAUGCUUCCUUCCGAACACAGAAGGCAAGAGAAAAGCACCUUGGAAUCCUUGGCCCUGUCAUUAAGGCAGAAGUGGGACAGACGAUCAAGAUCACUUUUUAUAACAAUGCUUCCCUGCCACUCAGCAUUCAUCCUCAUGGACUACGUUACAACAAGAGCAACGAGGGCUCAUUCUACGAAACACCUGGGGGAGGUAUCCCUCCACCCUCCUCACAUGUAAAUCCUGGCAUGACAUUUGUCUAUACAUGGGAAGUUCCAAGAGAUGUAGGUCCUACCUCCAUGGAUCCCAACUGCCUGACUUGGUUAUACUAUUCCUCAGUAAAUAUGACAAUAGACAUCAACACUGGCCUUGUAGGGCCUCUUGUUGUGUGCAGAAAUGGAAGUCUCGGAGAGGACGGCAAACAGAAGGGAAAAGACAAAGAGUUUUACCUGCUCGCCACAAUAUUUGAUGAAAAUAAAAGCUAUCUCUUAGAUGAAAAUAUCAGAACAUUCACUACAGAGCCUGAAAAUGUGGAUAAAGAGGAUCCAGACUUCCAAGAGUCUAACCAGAUGCACUCCAUAAAUGGAUACAUGUACGGAAAUCUGCCUGGACUGGAUAUGUGCUUAGGAGACAACAUUUCAUGGCAUGUUCUUAGUGUGGGAUCAGAAAAAGACUUACAUGGAAUAUAUUUUUCAGGAAAUACCUUCACUUCCUUAGGAUCAAGGGAUGACACCAUCCCUCUGUUUCCCCACAUUUCCCAGACACUUUCUAUGACACCAGAUUCCUUAGGAACUUUUAAUGUGGUUUGCAUGACAACAGAGCACUACCUAGGAGGCAUGAAACAUAAAUACCACGUGAGGCAGUGUUCGGAGGCAAACCCUGAUCAAACACAGUAUGAGGAAGAGAAAACCAUUUAUAUCGCAGCCAAGGAAACUGAGUGGGAUUAUUCUCCCAGCAGGAAGUGGGAGAAACAACUGCAGCAUUUACAAGGAGAGAACAAAACAAACAUAUAUUUGGAUAAAAUAUAUCUUGGGUCCAAAUACAAGAAAGUCAUAUACCGUCAGUAUGAUGAUAUCACAUUUACGAAUCAAACAAAAAGAAGUGAAGAUGAAAAACAUCUGGAUAUACUAGGUCCUAUAAUAUUUCUCACUCCUGGUCAAAAACUCCGAAUUAUCUUUAAAAAUGAAGCCUCAAGACCAUAUUCAAUUCAUGCUCAUGGAGUGAAAACAAACUAUUCCACUGUUGUUCCAACACAACCAGGAGAGAUCCAAACAUACAUUUGGCAGAUUCCUGAAAGAGCUGGUCCUGCCUCAGAAGACUUUGAGUGCAUACCUUGGUUUUACUAUUCAACUGUGGAUGUGGUUAAGGAUCUUAACAGUGGACUGGUAGGUCCUUUGAUAGUAUGUCGCAAAAACGCCAAUGCCACCUUAGUUCACCGUGUUCUCCACUUCAUGAUUUUUGACGAGAACAGAUCCUGGUACUUUGAAGAAAACAUCAAUACCUAUUCUUCAGAACCAAACAAAGUAGACAGGAAUGAUGAAACUUUUUACCUCAGCAACCAAAUGCACGCAAUUAAUGGAAGAAUGUAUGGAAACAACCAAGGUCUGACGUUCCAUGUUGGGGAUGAAGUGAAUUGGUAUCUGAUUGGCAUGGGGAGUGAAUUUGACCUGCACACGGUUCACUUUCAUGGCCACAGCUUUGAAUACACGCUUUAAGAAGGAUUCAUUGAUGAUUCUUGCUGGAAUCGAAUUUUACAGUGGGAGUUACAAAUGGUAACUACGUCUAUCAUUCCUUCGGCAUUUGUUAAGAAAAUAAAAAUGUGGAAUUAGGUGAUAAUUGACUUUAUGGUAACUUGUUUUUUUAUAAUUAUCUCCGUCUUUUUCUACUUUAUGUAGUCUUAGUCUCUUUAUAUCUGUCAGAAUUGCUUUCUCCCACCCCACAAGUCAUCCUCUUUACAAUUAUUUCUUUACUGACCACUUUUGCCUGGCCAUUUCUCUAAUUUAUUACAUUUUGAGUUUUACUCUUCCCCUUUGCAGUGUCCAAGUCAGUGUCAUGUAUUUGCUUAGGGAGAAUUUUCUUUAGCUCUUCAUCCUUAUCUCUUAGAUAAAUAUUAAGGCACAAUUGAGGGCUAAUUAUGCAUUUGACACCAGAAACAUUUAGUCUAGCCACUUGGCAUAACACAGUCCAUUUUUUGGCAUCGAUAAAAGUUUCAGAUAAAGCUUUCCUGGAUUCCAGAUGUGUAUUAUGUUUGUGGUUUCUUUAUUGCUCAGGGCCUGUUAGACUAAUUGAACGAAUGCGCUUGACUUGAUUUGCACAAAGCUUUAUUGGUGUGCUGCUUUCUUUUCUGUCCUUUAAUGAACAAAUGUAUUCCUCUCAAACCUAUUUGUUUUGGCUUUAAAGCUAUUUUUUUUUAUUCUGGGGGAUUUUAUAUGACAAAGUAGACAGAAUAAUAUAAUGAAUUCCUUUACCCACCACCCAGGCUCAACAAUCAUGACCUUCCUGUACUUCCAUCUACAUUCCCCAUAUUUUUGAAGGAAAAGCCUAAGUAUUAGGGUUGUUAUUCAUAACUGUUUAUAUUAGACACUUUAAAAAUUAGAACAAAAGAGAGAGAUUUAAGCUCUGGUUAUAGUUUUUUUUUUUUUUUUUUUUUUACAGUACAUUUGAUGUUCAGUUCAGAUCAGUUCAGUUCAGCAAAUGCCUCUGACAUUUCUAGAACCAUGCCGAGUGUUGUGUGGAUAAGAGGAAAUCAAAGAGUUAGCUUUUAGGGGCUAGCUCUACACAAAUGAUCGUACCAUAAGGCAUCAAAUUAAGUGCAAUUUAUGGUAACAUUCCUCUAAUGAUAAUUAAAGCUAACCUUUAUUAGGUGCUUCUUAUGUGCCAAAUACUAUGCUUAGUUCUUUGCAUGGAUUGCUCAUCCAACCUUCAGAGACAGGGACUAUUUUGUCACCAUUUUAUAAGGGAAUGAAAUGAAGGAUUAGCAAGGUAAAGAACUUUCCUAUAAACAAUAAGUGGUAGAAGUGGGACUUGAACCCUCAUCUCUCACUCCAGAGUCCCUCACUCUUUUAAGUUUAUUUAUUAUUUAUUUUGAGAAAGGGCAUGUGCACAGGAGAGGGGCAGAGUGGGGGGGGUGGGCGCGACAGAGAAUCCCAAGCUGUGCUGUCAGCACAGAGCCCAGCCCCAUGCUUGAUCCAACAACUGUGAGCUCGUGACCUGAGCUUUGAAAUCAAGAGCCCAUGCUUAACCGACUGAGCUACCCAGGUGCCCCUAGAGUCCCUUAUCCAUAUGCUUCACAAAACUGCUCUUUUCAGAACAAUUCUAUUAAAUUGAAGAAACAAAAUGAACAAAGAAAAAAAAGGAAACAAACAAAAAAUGAGACUCUUAAACACAGAGAACAACUGGUGUUUGCCGGAGGGGAAAUAGUUGGGAGGAUAAGGGAAAUCAAGGAGAUUGAGACUACACGAUGAGCACUGAGAAAUGUAGAGAAUUGUUGAAUCACUAUAUUGUACACCUCAAACUAAUAUAACACCCUAUGUUAAUUAUACUUGAGUUAAAAAAAAAAGAGACUAAUCCUAUUACCUAAUCCUAUUAAAAGAGUAAUAAUACCACAAAGCUUAGUACCAGCUGCUGUCAGCUCUAGCCAUUCACCCUAAACCUAUCACAGAUUAUCACAUGUAGCCUUCCCCUCCCUGGAGGUGGAAUUUAGUUAUUCCAGCAUUAAUGCAGCCUCUGAGCUUUACUCCCUGGAACUCCUGGGUAUAGCAAAGCAGCCCUCUGGAGUUACUCACUUGGUCUUGGAACAGCCAGUCAGUCACCUGUUUCCUAAGAAUAUGGUCUCCCUUGGUGCCAGGGCUCCAGGUACAUAGUGCACACUUACUGGUGCCUAGGACAUUGUCCAUUCUUAGUUAAAAUUGGUUCAUAUCAUUCUCUGCAUUUUCUAACAUCUUAGAAAUGUAUCCAUGUGACCCAUAUUGUCACCAUAGAUGUCAAAUUAAUCUUCUUAAAUAACAAUGACUCAGGCCCCCACUUUGCAGCCAGGGGGAGACAGCUUUGCCUCCUUCUUCUCUAUUCUCCAAUGUCUCCAGGGACUUUUGAGAGCCUAAGUUUCUAGUCACCUCCCACUCUCACUCCCUGCUUCCAUUCAUCUCCCUUGCCUCUCUCCUCCCUCCUGUGGCUGGUAUUUUCUCAUCUCUGUGCAGCUCCAGAGUGGGACACAUCUCCAUUUCCUCUGACUCCCCUUAACAACCACAAAAACUAGGCCAUUACGGGUCAUAGACUCUUAGUGAAAGUUUAGAGAUAGAUGAAUUCUUUUUUUUCCCCAAUACUCCACAAUAAAACAUUUACCAUGUGACAUCAGACACCCCUGACUUCAGUCAUCCCUCUGCUAUGCAUCAUCGAGAAAUACUGGCCCUGCAGCUCUUUCUCUCACCCUCAGGACUUCUUUCCCCACACUCUUCCUCUCCAGACUUGCUUGACAUCUGUUCUCUCCUCAAAUUAUUCCAGACUCCAUCUUGAACUGCAUUCUUCAACAUGCCCCCAUCCUUCAAAUACCUUUCAUUGCAUUGUAGAGAGCACUUCAUCUCCUUCCUAGGCUCUUCCAAAUCCAUCCUAAUCCAGCCAGGCCAGGCCCCAGGGCUUUAUCUUUCAAAAUCAAAGUAGCUCACAGAGGAGGUGGUCUCCUAAACAUCCGGUUCUCUGCUUAGGAGAAAAAAGAGCCCCUAAGGCCCUUAGUCUUCAGCCCCUGGCCCCAGAAAGCAGAUGAGUUCCUCUCCUUCCUGUAGCCCUGAGGUUUCCUGAUUAGCUACACCUCAAGGAAUGAUCAUCAUGUCACUAAUGUCCUUAGUUAGAAAUAUUUCUGUGAAAACUUUUGGUAUUUGUAAGACCAGAUGUUGUCUGAAAUCUAAAGCAUUCUUCUGCAGGAAAUGCUGACAAGGUAUCUGACACUGAUAAUGACACGAGGUCCCUUCAGACUGAGAUAUUUCUCUGUGGCCUGUCCCUGAAAUGUUCUCAGACUUGCUUUUCCUCUAAACCCUCAAUUGUACUCAGAGGAAAAAUGCAAUGUCACCUAAUGCUUUCCAAUUGUCAUCUAACAAAGUAUAUUAGAAUUGAUCAAAUGUGUAAGUGACUAAUCUCUUUUAUAAGUUAUUUAAU